CAAGGGCCCGGCUGCAGGAACCGGGGACCGAAGGAACCAGGGGCAAAAGUGACGGUACCGGGUCCCAAGGAGGAGUCGGAAAAGAGGACAGGAAACCCUGGGACGGAACAGAACCCCUGGGCGGAGGGACGCUACGACAGCGCACCCCCGGACGCUAUGGCCCACCCUUCUGGCUGGCCCCUCGUGUAGGAUGGUAGCACACAACCAGGUGGCAGCCGACAAUGCAAUCUCCACGGCAGCAGAACCCCGACGGCGGCCAGAGCCUUCCUCCUCUCCCUCCUCUUCGCCCGUGGUCCCUGCACGCCCGCGGCCCUGCCUGGCCGCCCCGGCCCCGGCCCCGACCCCGGCUCCGACCCCCGGCGACACACACUUCCGCACGUUCCGCUCUCACGCGGAUUACCGGCGCAUCACGCGCACCAGCGCGCUCCUCGACGCCUGUGGCUUCUACUGGGGACCCUUGAGCGUGCACGGGGCGCACGAGCGACUGCGCGCCGAGCCCGUGGGUACCUUCCUAGUGCGCGACAGUCGCCAGCGGAACUGUUUCUUCGCCCUUAGCGUGAAGAUGGCCUCGGGCCCCACAAGCAUCCGUGUGCACUUCCAGGCCGGCCGCUUCCACCUGGACGGUAGCCGCGAGAGCUUCGACUGCCUCUUUGAGCUGCUGGAGCACUACGUGGCGGCGCCGCGCCGCAUGCUGGGCGCCCCUCUGCGCCAGCGCCGCGUGCGGCCGCUGCAGGAGCUGUGCCGCCAGCGCAUCGUUGCCACCGUGGGCCGCGAGAACCUGGCGCGCAUCCCGCUCAACCCCGUCCUCCGAGAUUACCUGAGCUCCUUCCCCUUCCAGAUUUGACUGGCCGCGCCCGUGUGCACGCAGCAUUAACUGGGCGCCUUAUUAUGUUCUAUUA